GGCGCAGAUAUUUCAUGUGUUCUACGUCGUGUCCGGUGGAGGUCAUAGACAUCUGAACAAAACUGAGAUUGCUGUCAUGGCUAAGCUGUUCGAGUCUAUUGGGAAGUUGGGGCUGGCCCUCGCCAUUGGUGGAGGUGUUGUGAACUCUGCGCUUUUCAAUGUUGAUGCAGGGCACCAGGCUGUGAUAUUUGACCGGUUCAGAGGAGUGCAAGAUGCUGUUGUUGGUGAAGGGACCCACUUCCUCAUUCCCUGGGUCCAGAAACCUAUCAUCUUUGAUUGCCGUUCCCGUCCACGCAACGUGCCUGUCAUCACAGGCAGCAAAGAUCUGCAGAAUGUAAACAUCACAUUGCGUAUCCUCUUCCGGCCGGUGACCACCCAGCUGCCACGCAUCUUCACCAGUAUUGGUGAGGACUAUGAUGAAAGGGUGCUGCCAUCCAUCACCACAGAAGUUUUAAAAGCUGUAGUGGCUCGGUUUGAUGCUGGUGAACUCAUCACCCAGAGAGAGCUUGUGUCUCGGCAGGUUAGUGAGGACCUUACGGAAAGAGCCUCCACCUUCGGCCUUAUCUUGGAUGACGUUUCACUGACACACUUGACCUUUGGCAAGGAAUUCACAGAGGCUGUUGAGAUGAAGCAGGUGGCUCAGCAGGAGGCCGAGAGGGCCCGUUUUGUUGUAGAAAAGGCAGAGCAACAAAAGCAGGCGGCCAUCAUUUCAGCAGAGGGAGAUUCCCAAGCUGCCUUGCUCAUCGCCAACUCCCUGAUGGAAGCUGGUGAUGGUCUGGUAGAGCUACGUAAGCUGGAGGCAGCUGAAGACAUCGCUCUCCAGCUCUCCCGCUCACGCAAUGUCACUUACCUGCCCUCAGGACAGGGCACGUUGCUCCAGCUGCCCCAGUGAUAACAUCUCACCAAGUGUCUUCCCCGCUCUUGCUGUCAUCAGCCGUUACAAGGGCCAUUGAAGGAGUGGUUGGAGGAUUCAAUAAAGGACUCUCAACUUCACACAUUCCUCCCACUCUUUCUCUAACCAACUCUGGACAGUGCUCUGCUGAUAGCAGUACGGUGGGAGACAAAGUGAGAGGUCUGCGAUAGCUACAUUUAUGAAGUCCACCUAUGUGUGAGGAAGUGGAGGGUACCUAUAUAUAUAUAUAGUUCUUUUCAAAAGAAUUGACAAUGCAGUAAAUUCUCUAAAGAUUUGUCUUUGCUACAUUGUGAUUCAGAGCACUGCAUGUGUGGAAAGCAGCAGAGUGAUUUUAACAUCUAGGGAAAAUCACUUGUGAUUCCUUUAAAAGAUAUGAUAAAAUGUGAAUGAUAAAUGCCUUUACUCUGUUAUUGUUAGGCUAGAAGUGGUCAUCAAAUUGUUUAAAUUCAAAUUAAAAUCUGUAAUGAAAGGCUCUCCUUUGGAUUCACUGACAACUGACCAGAGAUGAUUUAUUCAUUUGACCAACAUUAAAAUGGAAUAUGCCUGCCAGAUAGUAGAGGAUGAUCCGUCAUUCUUUGCAGUUGUCGCUGUGUGCUUCAUUUGUGUGGAGAAAUUGUAAGCCCCGUGUUUAAUAAAUGGCAAAACGUAACAAUAAAAUUGUCUUUCUACCUCCAA